UUUAUUAACUACAAAAUUUUGGUCAAUGUGGCAACAGAGAAAACAUUUCAAAAACUAAAAAUGGGGUUAUAUUGUAAUACAUAGAAGAAAAACGCAACAAUAAAUAUGUUUUUAACACUAUAUAGAAUAAGUCGAUGUGUAAACAUAAAGAAUACCUCCCCCUCUAGUCUAAAAUCACACAAACACAACUUUUUCACGAACUCUAACCACACUUUUCAACAAAAAGUUAACAAUGCCAGUGAUACGCGAAAAAAGAACAUAAAAUCGACUUUGUACUAUGUAAUGGCAGCAGGAGUUGUGACCGCGGGUAUGAGUUACGCUGCAGUGCCUUUAUAUAGAAUGUUCUGCCAAGCUUACAGCUAUGGAGGAACAACAGCUCAGGGACACGAUGCUAGCAAAGUGGAACAUAUGAGCGCAGUGAGGAACAAACCGAUUAAAAUUAAGUUUAACGCCGACACGGCGGCGAGUAUGCGGUGGAAUUUCAAGCCCCAACAAACCGAAAUUACGGUCGUUCCAGGGGAAACUGCUUUGGCGUUUUACACGGCCAAAAACCCCACUGAUAGCCCUGUGAUUGGUAUUAGUACGUAUAAUGUGGUUCCGUUUGAGGCUGGGCAGUAUUUUAACAAGAUUCAGUGUUUCUGUUUCGAGGAGCAACAGUUAAAUCCUCAUGAACAAGUUGAUAUGCCAGUAUUUUUCUACAUAGACCCGGAAAUAAUGGACGACCCAUAUAUGGAAUAUGUGAAUGAAAUUACUUUAUCAUAUACGUUUUUUGAAGCCAAAGAUGGCCUUAAGUUACCAAUUCCAUCAUAUGUUAAGUAGUAGUAGUAAGAAAUAAAACUGUUGUUGUUGUUACAUAUGUUUAUU